AUGGAAGUUGCAUUCAAGAAUGCCAGCAUCACAGACGACGAGGCCAAAUACUGCCAAUCUGUCGCAGCUUUGACGCCAUGUGCCAUCGCGAAAGUGGAAGAUGUCCUCGCCAACGCACCGAACCAAGACUUAUACGACGAUCUGAAGGUGAAGCUGAUCGAGCGUUUCACCGAAUCAGAUAGCGCGCGCGUACGCAAGUUGCUCGAAGGCGAGGAGAUGGGAGACCGCACUCCUUCCGAAUUUUACCGGAGCAUGAAGACGCACGCGACGUCGUCAACGACUGACGAGUUCAUUCUUCAGGUAUGGACGACUCGUCUACCCUUGCAAGUGCAAGCUGUCAUGGUAGCUUCCAGCGAGACAGAACUGGAUAAAGUUUUGAAGUUGGCCGACACGGUUCACGCCGUAAACCCUCAACAGCCUAAGCAGCAGAUCAGUGAAAUUUCUGAUUUCGCUGCUCUCGUCGAACAGAUGCGCAAGCUGACGGCGAAAAUCGACGCGAUUACUAGUCAGCAAAGCCGCUCACGUUCUCGUUCUCGCCGAGGAUUUGAAAAACGUGGUCGCGGUAUGACUCCUGCACCGACGCCGAACAACAACUCUCCGGAUGGGUACCUUUGUUUUUACCAUAAGAGGUUUCAGGAGCGUGCGGAAAAGUGCCGUGGACCAUGUACCUGGUCGGGAAACGACGCGCGCCGUCAGUAA